AUGACUCCCGAGGAAGAGCGCCAAGCCGCCCUCAACUCGUACCGGGCCAAGCUCAUUGAGUCCCGCGAGUGGGAAUCAAAGCUGAAGAGCUUACGACUAGAGAUCAAGGACCUCCAAAAAGAGUUCGACAAGACCGAGGACAACAUCAAAGCGCUGCAGAGCGUAGGUCAGAUCAUAGGAGAGGUGUUGAAGCAACUCGACGAUGAGAGAUUCAUCGUCAAGGCGUCGUCCGGACCCCGAUACGUCGUCGGAUGCAGAUCAAAGGUGGACAAGGUCAAGUUGAAGCAGGGCACACGUGUGGCGCUCGAUAUGACGACCCUCACAAUCAUGCGAAUGCUGCCUCGCGAGGUUGAUCCUCUGGUCUACAACAUGUCUCUUGAGGACCCGGGACAAGUCAGCUUUGCCGGUAUCGGCGGUUUGAACGACCAAAUCCGAGAACUCCGUGAGGUUAUCGAGCUACCGCUGAAGAACCCUGAAUUGUUCCACAGAGUAGGCAUCAAGCCCCCCAAGGGUGUGUUGCUCUACGGACCCCCAGGCACAGGAAAGACCCUUCUCGCAAGGGCUGUAGCUAGUAGCUUGGAGACCAACUUCCUGAAGGUCGUUUCUUCCGCCAUCGUGGACAAGUACAUCGGAGAGUCGGCUCGACUGAUCCGUGAAAUGUUCGGAUACGCCAAGGAACACGAGCCUUGUAUCAUUUUUAUGGACGAGAUUGAUGCUAUUGGUGGGCGACGAUUCUCUGAGGGUACUAGUGCAGACCGAGAAAUCCAGCGCACAUUGAUGGAGCUGCUUAACCAGUUGGACGGUUUUGACUAUCUCGGAAAGACCAAGAUCAUCAUGGCUACGAAUCGGCCAGAUACCCUUGAUCCUGCUCUUCUGCGUGCCGGUCGUCUGGACCGCAAGCUCGAGAUUCCCCUGCCCAACGAGGUUGGGCGUCUAGAAAUUCUCAAGAUCCACGCUGCUAGCGUUGUAGUUGACGGAGAGCUUGAUUUCGAGAGUGUGGUGAAGAUGAGCGAUGGCUUGAAUGGUGCCGAUCUGAGAAACGUGGUGACCGAAGCUGGGUUGUUAGCCAUCAAGGACGAGCGAGAGUCGAUUAGCCAGGACGACUUCAACAGCGCUGUCCGCAAGGUUGCGGAGGCCAAGAAGCUUGAGGGCAAGCUGGAAUACCAGAAGCUGUGA